AUGUUUACAUUCAAAGGAAAUAAAGAGUAUCAAGAUUCUGUGUCAUCAUCGUUGACAGCGAUUAAAUACAAAGCAUCGGUUGAAUUACCAUCAUUGUCAGAUGUCGAAUCAGAAGAUCAUAGUCAACUUCACCUACUUCCAUGUUCAAUCGGUCAUAAUGGUUAUGCAAACGUAGCAACUUACUUUAAAAUCAAACAAUCAGAUGAUAGUAUAAAUGGAGGCUAUUUUGAAAGUAGUUUAAGAGGUAGAAAGCUAUUGGGAAAACAAUUAAAUAUACCAGAUGAUUAUCAAGGUAUAAUAUUAAGAUCUGAAAAUGUAAAAGAUGUCAAUAUGAAGGCUGACAAUAACAAUAAUGGUGGCCCUGCCAAUAAAUGGGAGGCAGUAUCAUUAUUUAAUAACUUUACAUACUGGAAUAGAGAAACUAAACCAUCACAAGAAGAUACAACUCAACAAGCUCUUAAAUGGAUAUCAAUAGCUCAACAUAUACACCAAAAAAUAGCAUAUGAUCAAAUAUUGGAUCUUGAUAAAAUGAAUCAAGAUACUACUACUACUACUGCGACUACCACUACUGAUACAACAACAACAACAACGCCAACUGAACCAAUUAAUAACAAUGGAGAAAAGAUAAAAGUAAAAGAAGAGAUAAUAGAACCAGAGUUGGAAAUUAAAAAGGAAGAAAAUAUUAGUUCAACAACUACAACUACAACUUCAACGACUACAAAUGGAAAUGGAAAUAAUAAUAAUAAUAAUAAUAAUAAUAAUAAUAAUAAUAAUAAUAAUAAUACAACAGUUGUGGAUGAAAAGGAAAAAUUAGAAAAAUUAAAGGAAACUAUUAUCGAACAAGAAAGCAAGGAAGAACAAGAAGAACAAAAACUAAAAAAAGAAGAGGAACAAGAUGGUAAAGGAGAUGAUCUGGAAGAACAAGAAGAUGACCAAGAUAGAGGUAGAGGAGAAAAUGCAGAAGAAGCUAAAAGAGCUAUUAAAAGAAGAAAGAAUUAA